CUUUAUAACCACUCCUCAUAGUUAACUCUCUUUCAUCGUUUCUCUCGUUCUCUCAAGAAGGCAAAAAAUCAAGAAGAACAAGAUGAGACUCUAUUACUUUGUUUGCUUUCUCAUCACUAUUUCAACUAAAUUUAAUGAGAUAUCUUCCUUAAGAAGAGACAUGACAAAGCUUCUUGAAAUCCAAGAGAAGAUCCAAGAAAGACUCGCAGUCACUCCCUCUCUCCCACCAUUGUCUUCUCCUUCUUCUCCAUUUCCCAAAAUGGUGGGCAGAGUGAUAUACCCAAUUAGCUACGGAGCUGACCCGACAGGUGGACAAGACAGUAGCGACGCAAUACUUGAAGCUUUAACCGAUGCUUUUCAGUUACAAACUGAGCUUAACAUGCUGCCACGUGUUGCUGAUCUUGGAGGUGUUGUUAUUGAUCUCCAAGGUGGCAGUUACAAGAUCGGUAAACCUCUCAGAUUCCCUUCCUCCGGUGGUGGAAAUCUCCUGGUAAAAGGAGGGACAUUCCGGGCAUCAGAAGUGUUUCCUGGUGAUCGACAUUUGGUCGAACUCGUGACAUCGAUGAAAAUGUCGCUGGAAGAUACGUUCUCCGACCAGAAAGACCAGAACUCCGGGAUCUUCUUUGAGGACGUAACGUUCAAAGAUGUUCUAUUCGACUCAAGCUUCCGAGGAGGGGGCAUUUUGGUAAUCAACUCAGCUCGUAUCCGUAUAACAGAUUGCUACUUCCUCCAUUUCACAACACAAGGGAUCAAAGUCCAGGGAGGGCACGAGACAUACAUUUCAAACACCUUCCUAGGACAACAUUCAACUGUAGGCGGAGACAAACAAGAAAGACAAUUCUCCGGGACAGGGAUCGAUAUCUCGAGCACCGAUAACGCCAUAACGGAUGUAGUCAUUUUCUCGGCAGGGAUCGGUAUCUUGUUGAAUGGCCAGGCCAAUAUGGUAACAGGCGUGCAUUGCUACAAUAAGGCUACAUGGUUUGGUGGAAUAGGCAUUCUAGUGAAGUCUCAUUUGACGAGGAUAGACAAUUGUUACCUUGAUUACACAGGUAUAGUCAUUGAAGACCCUGUUCACGUUCAUGUCACAAACGCUCUCUUCUUGGGAGAUGCGAACAUCGUGUUGAGAUCGGUGCAUGGGAGGAUUAACGGUGUGAAUAUUGUUAAUAACAUGUUUAGUGGCGAUCCUAAACACAACUUUCCGAUGGUUAAGCUAGAGGGAGAGUUUCAUGAGGUUGGUCAGGUUGUGAUUGAUCAGAACAAUGUGGAAGGGAUGGUGAUGAAAUCAACGACCGGGAGGUCUAAAGUUUCUGGUAACGGGACGAGAUGGGUCGCUGAUUUUUCGUCUGUUUUGGUAUUCCCUAACCGGAUAGACCAUUACCAACAUUCGUUUUUCGCGCAGUCUGGACAGAUUCCUGCGAGUGCGGUGACUAAUGUUUCAAACAAUGUGGUAGUUGUAGAAACUGAUAGAGCUGUAACUGGAACCGUGUCAGUGAUUGUUUAUCAGUAGAAAAACAACAUGUGUUC